UUGUGUGUGAAAAAAUGCAAAAUGAGCCCUGUUGUAUUUUACAUCGGCAUAAACCAUUCUCCAAGCACUGCACGCAACAAGCAAAAGGAACACCAUCUUCGAGAUUAACAUUUACAUUCUACGCAUCCAACUCUGAAGAUCAAUGUUUUCUUUUUGGCGAAAAGUCUUUCCACCUUCAGGAAUCAAAUGCCAUAUAAGAGAGGUACUUGGUUUCUGCAUUUAAUAACAGAAAGAGACCAAGUCUGGGGAAGUAGAAACAGCAUACACAAUGAACACCAGCUGUUGUGCUUAUGAUGAACCCAUCUUCGACGUUGCUCUUCCUCCUGUUCUUCUGCUGGAGUUCAUUUUUGGCCUGGUUGGUAAUUUGCUGGGGCUGUGGAUGAUCUGCUGUGAUGUCAAGUCCUGGAAGCCAAAUUCUGUAUAUUUGCUCAGCCUGACUUUGGCAGAUGUUGUGGUUGUUUUCUGUGUGCUCUUCCGUGCAGAUUAUUACCUUCGCUAUCAAGACUGGGUGUACGGUGACAUUCCCUGCAGACUAUUGCUCUACAUCCUUGCUGCUGCUAGAGCUGCCGGCAUGAUCUUUUUAUCUCUUAUUGCUCUAAAUCGUUACUGCAAAAUCUUGUUUCCUUUUCACAAAGUGAAUAACCUUACUGUAAGCCAAGCUACUGGUAUAUGUAUUACACUGUGGCUAUUUAUCUUUGUAAUACACUCCUACAUCUUAACUGCUCCCCGUUUUUUCAAAGUCAACAAUAGCACACAGUGUGAAAGUUUUACCAUUUGCCCACAAUCCUCAAUUGCUUGGCAGGAUGCAUUCUAUAUCUCCCUGACAUGUCUGUCCUUGCUGACUAUAACGUACUGCACAGUGUGCAUUGCUUUACAUUUGAAGGACAAUGCCAUUGAUACAAAUGGAAAGGUAGGAAGAGCAAUGAACUUUAUUCUGUUAAUUGCUACGGUAUUCAUUGUCUGUUAUCUACCCAGUGCGACAGUCAGAAUUGUAAUAUGGGUCUUGAAGGCCAUGAAAUAUGAGGACUGUGCAAACUAUAGGAAUUUAAACCUUGCAUUUUAUUUUACUAUCUGCCUAACUUACUUUUAUAGCAUGCUUAAUCCCGUUUUAUAUUACUUUUCAAGUCCUUCCUCUCAUACUCUGCUUACAAAGUUAUGGAAAAAAGUCAUGUGAAGUCAAUUGAAGGGAACACAUAACCAUAAGCUAGAAAGUGAAAUCGGCAAAUGUGUAACACGUAUAUGCAUCAUGGUUGUAAACAGCAUACAUCUUUUUUUUUUCAAUUAAGAUAAAUGUAUACAUUUCCAAUAUAAGGGUAUUGCAAUAUUUACACAUUUGCUUUCCACCCUACCUUUUACUUUACAUCAUUAGCCAUUUAGACCCCUUUCACACUGAAGCGUUUUAGCGUUAAAAAUAGCACUAUUAAAACGCUCUCAA